AUGUCCACCACGAGGGGUGGAGAUCCAGCCCCUGACGGGCAGGAAGGCCCAGCAGGCACGGCGAGGGUGCAGACCGGAACGGCCAGAGCCCACGAAGGUGUGGACCGCAACUCCGGGCCUCGCAGGGGUGACGCCGUGCCUGAGGCCGGGGAGGGCGGAAUUGCCGGGGCCUCGGGAGGCCCAAGGGAGGUUGCCCUGGAGGGGGGGAGCCCCGAGGAGGACUCUGACAUCGGGCCGGCCGAGGAUGGGGAGGAGGAGCAGGCAGGGGGCCUGGACCUCAUAGUGGAUGCGCGCCACUCCCCCAUGGCCGGCUUCCGCUUAACAUUCCUGGACUUGGUGCGCUCGUUGCUGAACGGCAUCUACUGCAACGACCUAGUCCAGCCUCAUGAAGGCCACGUGUCAGUCCGGCACCGGGCCCAGCAGCACUCGUCUGAUCAAGGCUCGGCCGAGGUGGCCGAGUUCUCUGAGCUCCGGGUGUCAUCGGAUGGACCGGGGGAGGGGCCGGCGGGGAAGGCCCCAGCCCAGGAGGUGGAGGAGGCAGAGGAAGACGAGGAAGCCUCUUUAUGGGAGACAGCCGCUGAGGAGUCUGAGGAGUCCAGCUUGUGGGAGAUGGCACAGGAGCCGGCUGCCCCUGAGGAAAUAACUAAGUACCAGGAUGAGAAUUCCGAAAAAGAGGUCCAAGACACUGAAAGUGAGGGGAAAGAAGAGAAGUAUAACAAAAAGCAAGAAGAACCAGAAAAUAAUCUGGACCCAGCAAAGGACAGGCCCAGAAAGUCCAGUUUGGAAGACUAGAAAGAUGGAGAAAGAAGGAUCAAGAUUUUUAGGUUUUUCAUUUUGCAGAAGCCCAUGGGAAUGUUAUUAACGCUGAUUCCAUUCCAAAAUUCAUUUCCAUAAAAGUGAUAUCCAAUAACAUAUGACUUUUAUCUUCUACAGAUAUAUUUGAUAGCAUUUGUUCUAGUUAAAAAUAAGUUUCUUUUAAAUUAAUAAGCUGAAAUGCAGGCAGAUUUUGUUUAGAUAAAUAAUCCUGACUUAAAUCUCUUUCACUUUUGUUUGACACACUUUACCUUCAUUGAAAGGCAUCACUUUCCACCAUUUGGUAAGCCUGUUUUAAAUUCUUUUAUUGCAGCCCCAAAUAAAUUGAAAUAUCAAGUUUAAAACAAUUUUUGUAAAGACAGAAAUGGAGAUCAAGCCUUUAGAACUGAGCUUGUUUACUGCACUAGUUACUAGCCAUGUGUAGUUGUGAAACAUUCAAAAGGUGCCUAACCUGAGUUGAAAUAUGCUGCAAGUGUA